GUUGAACCGAAAGUGAAGCUAAGAAGCUGCGGGUAGUUCGGUUCGCAAUAACUGGGCAGCAAUUGCGAACAGCAUAGGCUAGUCCAUUCAGGGAAAGGUCUGAGACAGACCAUUACUAAGGCUUUACAUGGAGAGCUGAAAUUGAAUAUGAGGUUAACGACCUUAAUGAUGUACAUAUCCCCGGCGUUGCUAUUUAUUUUGUAUAUUGGACUUUCUGAUGCUGGACCUCGCAUCAACUCCUACAAUGCGUCGCCUAUCUCCAGGAAGCCUCGCUCAGCAUCCGAGAGCUUGGAGCAGCUCUACACCACCUUGCCUAAUCGUUUACCUGAGGACAGGUUUGUGCUCGGCCUACUAACGGGGCUCACGCCGUCCCCCACAAUUGUCUCCACCGGAGCGACCAGCAAAACGAUACAGGUCUCCACCAUUCCUGUCUCGCCAACCGCAACCACAAUUCAGCUUCCGACAACCCCAAGGCCAAGCAUAGAAAUUAUUUCAACCCCUAGACAACAAAUAACGGCGUUGAGCUCCAGAACAUCAAAUUCAAGCAAAAGAUCCACUGAUGCGCAAUCAGAUUUUCCUCCAGAAAAAACGCUGCAGACCAUGGUCUCCAUGGUUUCUCAGCGGACGACAAAUGAUGCAUGGUCUUCAGAUAACAUCGAUGCAUCGAUUACCUCCGAGAAUAGUCAAGGUGAGCCUAUGUUGGCGCUUAGGUGUGAUAAGAAUAAAAUAUAUAAUGUUCCAAGGCGCAUCAAUUGUCAUUUUAUCUUGUGUUGUGUAUAGAAUAUCCUCUGCCACACCUCCGCAAUAGAUACACCUCAUUAAUAGACUGAUAGCAUAUAUGAUAUUUUACUCUCUGACCUUUUAAUCACCUCACACAUUCACUUAUAUUUGCAGAAAUGUCCCUUUUCAUGCAAUUUUUGUUAUUAAUAUGUAACUAAAGGCACAACCAAAACGUCCGCAUUAUGUCUUGACGCAGAGCGCAGGCAGGCGAAGAAACGGAGAUUGUAGAAACAAUAGAUCGUGGUCCUCAAACCAUCGGCGGCUUUCUCCUUGCAAAAUGAUCAGACAUAACUAAAUUAUCCAUAUGAAUUAGAACAUACCGGUUCAAGAGUAAUAUUAUUAUAAGCUACGUUUGGCGCUCCCAGAGAUGGUGGGGCCUUUAUUCUGAGGUAGGCUAUGUAUGUGACAUGCAUAAGUGUGUCAGAUAUUAUGGUGAUUGGAUGGGAGGGGAGGGCGUUUAUCCCUUGUUUUUAUUCAUCCAUCCACACAGACUUCUCCAUGUCUGCAUAUAAUUGCCACCAUGAUAUUAUUUAUUUUUCAUACAAGCAGACAACGCGUCCGUUUGGACAGUGAUCCCCGUGGCCUUUGUGUCUAUUCAACAUCCUUAGACCAAGGAGGGGGGGACAGGGGAAUGUUACCCCACAUCCAAUCAAAAUGAGCAGACCAAGACAUGAAUGAGCCAGCACUGUUAUAACCUUAGCGGUUUAUGUUGUCUCCCUCCUCUCUCGUCACUGGCCCCGCUGUUCUGCGUUCAAGUGCUUUGCAUGACGAUAAACGUUCCGACAGAGCCUAUGUAGAGAUUGGGGUGGGCAACAUUUUCAAAGAGAAAGAACAAUUAUGUAAAAAUGUCCUAAUUACUAAGAAAUACAAAAUUAUAAUAUAUUGAUUGCAGCUGUGAAUCAUUUUGAAUAAGAUUCUACCAACCUUGCACAACUCCUAGGGAAACAUAUCCAUUGUUUUUGUCAAAAUUGCUUAAACUCAGUAAAUUUGGUUGGGAUUAAUUGAUGGACAGCAAUAUUCAAACCUUGUUUCAGAGUUUUUUAAGCAGAUUUAAAUCAGGAACACUCAACACCUCUUGGAAAUCCAUUCUGGUGUGUCUUUGGCAUUACAAUUUGUGUAAUUGCCCCACAGAAAAAUAAGACUCUAUCCCAGGGGUAGGUUUUCAGAAGACUGGGCGGGUUUUCUUCUAACUUUUUACAUGGGCUUUGCUCCUUUCGUAUUUAUUUUGAUCCUAACAAACUCCCCAGUCCUUGCCGGUGACAAGCCUACCCAUAACAUUAUGCUGCCACCACAAUACUUGAAAAUACACAGACAUCAACAACAUUGUAUUCACUCCACAUUACUGGCCUGUAUGACAAAGUGAAAAGAAGGAAGCUUGUGUUAAAAAAUCCACUCCAAAUCAUCCAUGCUGUUUGCAACAAGGCCGUUAAGUAAAGCUUACUACAAGCUCUAUGCAAACACAAGAUUCGGAGUGUUGCAAUGCCUUUAUUCAUCACAAAAGGGGCGGCUCCUUGUAAUACGCUCCGGCUAUUGUGAAAUGGUAGAACCUGCUGUAGCAAACUAGCUAUCCAUGUGCUUUUUUUCUCCAUGACCAAAACAUGAUGACCUUCCAUUUUUAGCUGAUAUGGGUAUAGAGCCCCACAGUGGAGGUGUCAUAAUACCCAUAAAACGUAGCGGCCAAACAGUGAAAUGGUUCCAGUCGUUUUUCCACCAUUCAUUUUUUCCAUAGGGGAUUUUAGAAACACUUAAAAUAUACAGGUGAAUAUAUUAAGUCAUCUUGUCCUAGAGAGAUUUACACAGUUAUCAAAACGUCAUGCCAGGGUAAGCCUACACGAAACACAGCCCUUAUUUUGAGUGUUUCUAAAAUCCCUUUGGGAAAAAUGAAUGGUGGAAAAACGAUUGGAACCAUUUUCCUGUUUGACCGCUAGGUUUAAUGGGUAUUAUGACUCAUACUGUGGUACUCUAUGAAUACACAAGCAGCAUAUCAAACUUGGAUAAGGUUUUAGGUUACACCGGCAAGUAUAAGAAUAUUUGCCAGGGCAUAAUUUUUUAUUAUUGUAUUUAACCCCCCUUUUUUCUACCCAAUUUCAAUCUUGUCUCAUCGCUCAUCGCUGCAACGUCCCAACGGGCUUGGGAGAGGCGAAGCCAUGCGUCCUCCGAAACAUGACCCGCCUAACCCGGAAGCCAGCCGCACCAAUGUGUCAGAGGAAACACUGUUCAACUGGCGACCGGGGUCAGCCUGCAGGCACCCGGCCCGCCACAAGGAGUCGCUAGGGCGCGAUGAGCCAAGUAAAGCCCCCCCGACUCCCGGCCACGGCCGGUUAUGGCACAGCCCGGGAAUGAACCCAGGUCUGCAGUAAUGCCUCUAGCACUGCGAUGCAGUGUCUUAGACCGCUGCGCCACUCGGGAGGCCAGGGCAUAUUUUUUUUAUAAAUCAGAUUAUCUCACAUGGAGAUGUUGGAAGUUAAAAAGGCUAGCUAGCUUGCUAUGUUUUUAGCCAGGCUAAAGCCAGCUAGCCAGGCUGCCAGCUAACUACUACCAAAUAAUUUUUUUAUAACUAACCCAAGAUAGACCACAGCCUGUCGUUUCCAAAUGAAUCAUAAAGCCGAUUUAAGUCAAAACUGUAACUAGGCCACUCAGGAACAUUUAAUGUGGUCUUGGUAAGCAACUCCAGCAGUGGAGGCUGGUGGGAGGAGCUAUAGGAGGACGGGCUUAUAGUAAUGGCUGGAAUGGAAUAAAUAGAACGGUAUCAAACACAUGGAAACCACAUGUUUGACUCUGUUCCAUUAAUUCCAUUCCAGCCAUUACAAUGAGCCUGUCCUCCUAUAGCUCCUCCCACCAGCCGCCACUUAACUGUAGUGUCUAUUUGGCCUUGUGUUUUAGGUUAUUGUCCUGCUGAAAGGUGAAUUCAUCUCCACCACAGCAGACUGAACCAGGUUUUUCUCUAGGAUUUUGCCUGUGCUUAGCUCCAUUCCGUUACUUUUUAAUCCUGAAAAACUCCCCAGUCCUUAACGAUUACAAGCGUACACAUAACAUGAUGCAGCCACCACUAUGCUUGAAAAUAUGGAGAGUGGUACUCAGUAAUGUGUUGUAUUGGAUUUUCCCCAAACAUAACACUUGGUAUUCUGGACAAAAAGUAAACUGCAUUGCCACAUUUUUUGCAGUAUUACAUUAGUGCCUUGUUAUUUUGUACAGGCUUCCUUCAUUUCACUCUGUCAAUUAGGUUAGUAUUGUGGAGUAACUACAAUGUUGUUGAUCCAUUCUCAGCCAUUAAACUCUGUAACUGUUUUGAAGUCACCAUUGGCCUCAUGGUGAAAUCCCUGAGCGGUUUCCUUCCUCUCCGGCAACUGAGUUACGAAGGACGCCUGUAUCUUUGUAGUGACUGGGUGUAUUGAUACACCAUCCAAAGUGUAAUUAAUAAAGUAAUCAUGCUCAAAGGGAUAUUCAAAUUAUAAUUUUUUCAAUAGCUGCCCUUCUUUGCGAGGUAUUGGAAAACCUCGCUGGUCUUUGUGGUUGAAUCUGUGUUUGAAAUUCACUGCUCGACUGAGGGACCUUACAGAUAAUUGUAUGUGUGGGGUACAGAGAUGAGGUAGUCAUUCAAAAAUAAUUUAAAACACUAUUGCAUACAGAGUGAGUCCAUGCAACUUAUUAUGUGACUUGUUAAGCACAUUUUUACUCCUGAACUUAUUUAGGCAUACCAUAACAAAGGGCAUUAAUACUUAUUGGCUCAAGACAAUUCAGCUUUUAAUUUCUAAAAAAAUUAGUAUUGAGAUCAAAUGUUUCAACCACGAAAAAAUGUUGGCCAAAAUCCAUCCUUCUCCCACUGCCGGACACUGGGCUUCCUCUCAUCACCAUAUUUGGUGGUAAAUGGAAAUGCCAACCGGUUGCUUCAGGUUUAUACAGCUGCUGAAACAUCUGGCUCAUUGUUCAAUCUGUGCUACUACCUAGCAAUGGAAGGUGACACUUCCUUGCCUUCACUAAAUAAAAAAUGAAAACACUUUGCUAUCACCCCCUUGUGAAUGGGAGUGGGACCCGCGAGGAUAUCAUAUUACCAAAAGGUGUCUGCUACACCCAAAAUCCCACUCCACCCACGUGCACGCACGCACGUAGAUCAGCGGAGUGAAGCUUGUAGUAGCCUUAAUAUUGUAAGACAAUAUGGCAAAGACACUUUUUGGCCUAAAUUAAAAACUACAGGUUUGGGUCAAAUCUAAUACAACACAGAGUGAAACCCUGUGCGUAUGCCCGAGCGAGCGUGCGAGUGAGAUUGGCAGCUACACGGCCCAGGAUCUCACACAGUCUGGGGGGUGAUCUUGGCUGACAGUUGUGCAGGGAAGAUGGCUUCAGUGAAUAAAUGGAAAGCUGACAGUGCUCUCCAGGCUUGCAUAACCAUGCCCUUUCACUGUUACAUAAAGCUGGAACAGUGGCCAGAGAUGGAGAGCGCUAAUCUGAGGAGGACGCUACUGUUGCAGAAAAUGACAUGAAAUCCCCUCUAAUGGCCAUGCCGACGUCUGAGAAGACGGCACAACAACGUGUUCUGAACGUUUAGAGCAGUAACGUUGGACAAAAUGUACUGUUAAGGUCAAACCCUUCCUAUCUCACUGUACAGAAAAUACAGUACUGUGCUAAUAGCAAACGUAGCACAAUACCAUAUUGGAUCAUAGGACACACUGUUGUACUUCAACACCCAUUUGUUUCAAUUUCAACCUCUACAUGGACCUGAAAGGACAAGCAACUUUGUCAACACACUGGAUUUCCAACUCUUCAUUUGCUCUAGUCAUGUGCAUAAUAUGACACAAAUUCAGCAAUUAACAUUAUUCCCCAAACCUAUUUUUUGUUCUCAGCUUUCAAUGUACAGUAUUGUAUAAUGGUUUACAGUAUGACAGAAUGCAGCAGCCCUGCCUCCCCCAGCCUCCCACAUCAUUCUUGUAAAUUAGGCUGUGUUAGUAGCAGCAACCUGUCUCGUGGAAGAACAGCCCACAUGCUCAAUGCACACCAAUGGCAGCUUGGUAUUUCCUCUGCGUGUCAUGAGGCAGUUUUGACUGUUUUCCCAUUUGUCUCCUGGAAAAACCGCAGUAGUCUCAUGCAGCAGCAGUCGGUCUCUAUCCUAUCUCCUCAUCCUCUGCGUCCCCCUUGUCACGAUCGUCGUAGGAAGUAGACCAAGGCGCAGCGUGAUGAACGAACAUGUUUAUUUAUCAUUAGCGAUAAACACGGACAGUAAACAAAAACAACAAACGACUCGUGAAGUCCACGGUACAAACACAAAACCAACUGGAACAAGAACCCACAAACACAAAGGGAAAAACAGACAGUUAAAAUAUGGCUCCCAAUCAGAGACAACCAGCCACAGCUGACACUCGUUGCCUCUGAUUGGGAGUCACUCAGGCCAACAUAGAAAUAAACAAACUAGAACUCCCAACAUAGAAAUACACCACAUAGAACGAACACACCCUGGCUCAACAUAUAGAGUCCCAGCGCCAGGGUGUGACACCCCUCCUCUUCCUCCAUCUCUCUCUUGUAAACAGUCUGGAGAGAGGUGGAAGGAACACUCAGACUCCAUGCUCAUCGUACUUGAGCUCAAAUAAAUAAUACAUGGCCACUCAGCAGAGUCUACACGGUCAUCCAGAUCUGGCACUUCUCAUAGUAUAUGUGUGUGUAUACAGAAUAUCCUAGUGGUGCCGUUUCAUAACAAUCUCUUCCUCUCUGUUCCUGCAGAGUCUUUGUGUAACUGCAGCAGUGAGGGUGUUCUAGACGUGGAUGUCUGUGACAAGAAGACAGGUCAAUGUGUCUGCAUGUCAGGGUACACUGGGCUGCUGUGUGAGGACUGUGAGGAAGGACACUUCACCAAUGGCACCACUGGCUGCAUACCCUGCGGUUGUGACUCCUACGGCGCUGUCAACCACCUAUGUGACAGGUAAGAGCUCUAAUGCACUAAUGGCACUGGGAAUUAAACACUAUACAUCCAGUAUAGCGUACUACCAACCAAACCAGAAUAAAUUGUCAUUUUUUAGUUCAUAUCUACUGCAUCUUUGAGAUGUAGUUUAGAAAUCACAAUGUAUCAAAUCUGUUUGAAUAACUGAUUUAGCAGACACUGUGCAUAAAGACACUGCUCUGAAAUAUACAUGAACUUGUCACACAGGAUGAUGUAGAGUUAGAGCGGCUCCAAAUCUCUAGUGUUUAUGAUAUACUGGAGCCAUCUUGUGGUAGUCAUUAUCCUCCUGGUCUUGUUCAGCAGCCUGGCCGACCAGGCCACCAUCCCCCUGGCCUUUGUAGAGAGAGACAGUUGGUUUGCCAGACCUCGGUUGGUUAUAAUAAUAUAAUAAUAAUAUGCCAUUUAGCAGAUCAUUUUAUCCAAAGCGACUUACAGUCAUGUGUGCAUACAUUUUUACGUAUGGGUGGUCCCGGGGAUCGAACCCACUACCCUGGCGUUACAAGCGCCAUGCUCUACCAAUUGAGCUACAGAGGACCACAGAUUGGUACUCAUAUCCUGAGCUAAACAACACACUGUCCCAGAUGCAGCCUUACAGUUUGUCAGAAAGAGUGUGACUUGGAGAGAGGCAGCUUGUUUGGCUUAGGAACACGCUAAAAAUAGCUGUUGUAUUUUGGCUUCUAAACCUUUGGAAGGAAUGUGUCUGGUCAGAAAGCUGAGUGAACAUCCUUGUGAUGUUUCUAAUGCCCAGUGGCAGUGAAUCAACCGUCAACAUACAGCAGGUAGAUAACCUAGAGCUUAUGUUGUAUUGUGCCAAAUUAAGUUUAUGACAAACAUUUUAUACAUUCAUGUAGGAAUAUACAUGGGGCUCAAGCUGUAGGAUUCAAAUUCAGGGAGAAAACUGCUUAUUGCCUCAUUCCCUCAUUUACCACAAAAACGGAAUGAGUAGAGUAUAGAUCAAGUGAGAAGCGGGUGAAGGGGCAGCUAGGCCAGGGGGUUAUUCUGAGGGCAGGAGCGUAUGGGGCUAGCCCUGCCCUCACGCAGUAACACUAGCACACAUAAAAUGAUCCUGCUCAGACAGUCUGAGCCUACACAGUGCAAACCCAGCUAGCGUAGCGUUGGUCUAACCCAGGCGAGGCCAGCUCUCUCCCAGCGGGUAAGCACUGUGAUUUACACAGAUUAGCUGGCUCCCAGACCCCCCCAGUCUCCCUCAUGCUUUAGAGGAUGCCUCUCAUAUACUGAUGGACCAUCCAGCCUUUCGUAUUACAGUCAUAGUCAUAUUCAUCUUUUACUUUGGCAAAUUGGCAUUCUAUCACAUUUGCUUUUGGAACUCUGUAAGGGUGUCUGUGUGUUCUCGCUUAGGUCUAUUUAAUUGCAUGGCCAGGAACAGAGGGCUUGGAUUAAACUAAUUACCUACUGGUUCCAGAUCACAGCAUAAUUCUGAUCUGAUCCAGCCUGGAACCUGAGAGAGGACCAGGAUGUCAUUGGCUUGCAGACGUCUAGAUCAGAGCUGCCUGCCUGGGAUUUCAACUUGAGCUCUUUGUUCUUCACAUUUCCUCAAGGACAUGAACUGACCGGAUCUAGGUUAAGCAUGAGCAUAUUUCUGAUCUGUAUAGUGCCAUAAUCUUAAAGUAGAGCCACAGUUCUCUUCAGACAAACUGUAAAUCAAAUGAAAGUUGUUGAGGAUGAGCUAUUCGAUGUGGUUGAAGCACGAUAUGAGAUGUACUGUUUUGGUUUCAGUUGUUGUUGCUGUUAUCUUGCAUAGGAAGGAUGUGCUCCUCUUGGUAGCAAUAAGAAUAUUCUAGGCUCCCAGCCUACUAGACCAUGUUGGUAGGAAGUUGCUACUUUUUAAUUCACUCAUCUGUAAGAAGCUAUGUCUUACUGUGUCCCGCUGUGCUCUUUACCAAACUAGAUCCACAGGGGUCCAACAACAAACAUGGAAAUAGAUCCAUCAGUCAAAACAAAAGUUACUGAGCUGUAGGCUCGUCUCAGAGCCUUCCGCCUUCCGUUGAUCAUUUGUUUUCAGGCGUGAUGAUUAGUGAUAAUUACUUGACCUCUGCCCAUUAGGCUGAUAGUUCAUGACAAUAUGCUCAUACAGAAUGUGUGCAUUUACAGACCGCAGACUGGAGGAGGUGAACCUGGCCAGUCUCGUCUUGAGCCCUUUUUUAAAUCAUGAUCUGUGUUAACAACCUUAACAUGUGAAGGUGAUUUGAUGGUAAUCCUCAGCCUAACAGGAUGGGUUUUGUACCAGUUUGUACUCCUGACUCUCUCCUGUAGUCUGAUUAAUCUAGGGUCUCAAUACAAAAUAAUAAUGAGUGCAGCAUUGGAAUCAGUGCCGACUGCACUUUCUGUCUCUCUGUGUAGGCUGGGGGCUUGACAAACAGAUAAACUGUACAGGAACAGUUUGAUAGAAAUGGGACUAAUCUCAAGCCUGUGGGAAAAACAAGCUGUUGCUAAGAGACAGUAGCAUUGAGCCCCAGAUGACAUAGUAGGAGGCUUCAUGUUACUGUAUCUUAGCAACUAAAUUAAUGAUUGUAUUCUGAUAUGAUGUGGUACUGCUCUGUAAUCCACUACCAUUAUUUAGCUCCACAGUUAUGUCAAUAUACUACCAAAAACAAUUAUGUUCUAGCUCAAAUUACUUCCUUUCGCCAUAAAUGUUAUAUCAAUAGUUUAUUUGGGCCAAUCCUUAGGGGCACUGUUUUGAAAGUUGCACAUUUAUUUUUCACCCUCGUCCUCUAUGGAAUGGGAACACAGUCUGUAAUGAAAUAUUGAUUUGGGUGCAGAUGUUUCCUAUUUCUUUAGUCUCUCUCUCUAAUACAGUAGCCUAAACAAAUUUCAAUAACACUGUUUUAUGUUUGCAUAUUUCUUGUCAGGAAGGAAUUGAGAGAUUGCGAGCCAUUUUGUAUGAAUAUGAAAACACGACUUGGUGUAAAUGUGUUUCGGGUGCUUUAAUGUCUUUAUUUUGGGAUAUUUAGUUGAAAAAGCACUCUCUUUUCAACGAUUCCGGCGCAAACCUCUCCCUUUUCAUGUGGGUUUGAUUGAACAAGUUAGAAUUACCGGGGCAAUCAAUGGAAACCCGGGGAGAUCCCUCUCAAUAUCCUCCCUUCCCUUUGAUGGGGUCAUGUCAUCAUGAACCAGUUUAACAGAGCACUGUCGGGGGAGCCAAAAUGAUGUAUCAGUUCAUGCAUUGAUAUCCUUUUGUCACACCUGAUAUUAACCGUUACUGUUUUCUCCAGAGCGACAUACUAGCCUCUUGAUCUAGUGGUGCAUGCAGUUUGCUCCGAAGUGCAGGUAGUAGGUAGAUGCAUGGUAUCCAAACCUGACAGGACUCUCCUGGUAUAUGCUACACCGGCACAGCUGUGUGCCUUCUCUGACGGGGAGGAAGAACGAAGGGUAGAGUGCUGUGUAGGAAGAGGCCGAGUGACAGGCCACCGCAGGCGACCAACCCAACACUCACAUUAGCAGGAGGCAGCAUCCCAUGCUGUAUUAGUGGCAAGGACCCAGUGGGGAGGCUUUGUUGCUUUAAUGGCUGGAGUGCAGUGCAGUGGCCAUGACUGCUAGCACAUUGUGCCAGGCUUUACUCUGAGCUGAGUUACAUAACUGGCCCAAUGUGUGAUCCUGAGCCAGGAGCGCUCUGGAAUGGAUCACCACUCUUGGCCCUUGUUGUUGUUAAACAUUCUCUCUCUGAAGAUCUGACAGUGUGAGCCCUGACUCUAAAACAUGCUUAGUGUAGAACAGUGCAUGUCUUUCCUGACUGGCGACCAUUCUCCUCCCGCAUGGUGUAUAUGAGAACACUUAGGUUGCAUUUCUGACUGCUGUUUCCCAGUGGUUAAAGAGGAUGCAGUCAGCUCUGCAGCACAGAUAUGUGCUCAGUCUAUUGUGAUUCCCCAGUCAUGCGCAAGCAAUGUAUGGCCGGCAUCGCCAUGGCAGCAGCAGAACAGGGUUAAGCUAAGCCUGGUUGCCAUGUAAUACUGACCUAGUUAAUAUGCGUCUAUAACACGGAGCAGAGUGGCUGGGCUACACAGUCUGAAGCCCAAUGAAAACACACCAAAACAACCCCCUCCUCCCCCUGGUGACACUAGGUGGGUGGUAGUUGUGAGUGAAUGACUAGCAUUUCAACCAUAUCCUGGUUUUAGGAUACAUUUCCAUAGAGAACCCAGCCUUACCAACCUUGCUCAUCUCUGUUGUGCCCUGGUCUGGGAAUGUCUGUUUGAAUGGAUCCUAGGGUUGUUAUUUCCUCUAGUCACAAUAACUACUCCCAGAAUGCUUUUCCCAGCUACAAUAUCAAGUAUUUGUCAGGUCAUCUUCCAUCAAACAUAUUAGAUUACAUUUAAACGUUUCAUUGUGGCUCAGCAGAUACCAUCACAGAUGGUGGCUUCUAGGGUGUCAUCACUGGUUGGUUUGGGGUGGUUGGUUUGAUACCAGUCGGGGAAUUGGGCCACCAAGGAUGAGAUCAGUGCUGUCGUACAACACUGUUUACGUCUCGCCAAAAACAUAUUAAAUUAUGAGAUUUUCUCACCAUCUGCUCUCUUUGGCGAGAAAAGAAAAGCUUCUUACAUCAGAGAGACUGAAUCACUGACAGUGAUACUGGGAACCUGCCUCCAAAUUUCUUGUGUGCUUUUUACCAAAUAAGCAAGGUGUCAGGAAUAUUCGUACUAUAUAAGCAGUGCUGUUGAUUAUGCAGCAUUUAGGGAUACAAAAUUCUGGUAACUUUCCCAAAAUUCGCAGGUUUUCCAGAAAUCCUGGUUGGAGAAUUCCAGAUUUCCUGCUUAUUCCCUCCUGAUUCUGGGAGUCUUUCAAAUGUGAUUUCUGAAGAACCUGAGAAAGUUACAGGAAUUUUGCAACCAUAGCAACAGAAAAUAGCAAUUACUUCUCUACUGUGUCACAUUCCUAUGGCUCACUCUCCUCUCCGCCUCCAAUCCCAUGGAGUCAUAUGAUGGUGCAUGUGUGUUUUUGUCUUUUUUUUGGGGGGGGGGGGUUCAUGGUUGUUUGAAUGUGUGUCUCUGUCUGUGUUUAUUUCGAGCUGCUUAACUCCUAGCCUUGUUCUUCCCAUCAGGCUACACACGGCCCACUAAGCAUUACCAUCAACAUAACAUUUGCAUCAAUAGCAGUGUUUUAAUACUGCCUCAUUUGAACAAGGCCCACGCACUCAUGGGAAGGCAUUGAGGCAACUGCUCUGUCAUUUCUUGGGCUUGAUUGUUAUUUGCUCGUUGUAGUCCACAGAUCUAUUCUGUUGAUUGUUUUGGGUGAAAGGGAGUGAUCAGGCAUGACUCUUCUCUGUGUGUUUUUCCUUUGAGACUCGGGGAUCAGCACACAGGACGAUUGGAAUCAGAGAGCGUGUGUGUGUAGCCUAUAGAUGUGCAGCCUGACAUAUUUUCUGUGAACGAACAACCCCAUUCCUUUUCCCCCCAGUGUCUCAUGUGCUGUACAAUUCAAUAUAAGCUUCAGCUUGUAUGUUUUGCAGGCUGGCCACGCAGCAGUAUGUGGAAUGUGCAGGUGAAAUGCAGUGGUGUGUGUAGGCAUUAGGACAGAACGCAUUAGCGAAUGAAAUAAGUGUUCAAAGCUCGACAGUGUGCUAAAGAGCUGAAGUUUAAUUGGAUUUAAGUGGGCUAGAGCAAGACUGGAUAAUCAAAUAGAAAGCACCCUGUAGUUCCAGCUGUCAGCAAUCAUACGCAUCAUCAUCAUCAUCAGCACACUAACACAUUGUUUGGUUUUAGCCCGCAAUUUUAUUACCUCAAAUUUACAUAGACAAUAAACAGAUGACAAACUGUAUUUAUUCUUCUCUUUAAUUUGGAAUCAUUGAUUACUUUCAUCUCCUUCCAAAAGGCAUUGUACUGUAAUCAAAACUACAGUGAAUUCUCUGUAAUGAUUGUACUGUAAUCAAAACCAUAGUGAAUUAUCUGUAAUGAAUUACUUGCCUAUUGUUUUUAGAUCAUAGCCCAACCCUGCAGAGCCUCACUGUACCAUUCAGGGUUAGUUAUGAGCUGCAUGUCAGUCCAUGAUGACCAGAGACCACUGGGUGUGAAUUAGUUAUUGCUUGAGACAUAACCCUUUCAUAAUCCCUUCUCUUUGGGCAUAGCUUCUCUUUCUACCCAGCAGGAGAUAGGGCUGUGUAGGAGGGGGUUUGUCCUUUUGUGUCUUGCUGAGAGCGCUUGAGACGUGCUGAAUGCUUGAAGAGGGUCCCACAGGUACCCUGACCUAUGCACUCCUCAAGGUCACUGUCUAAUAGAGUAUAUGAGGGGAAAACCUGUCAGAAAGAGGCCCUGUGAGGCUGAGUUAUCAUGCCUGGCCUGUAGGCUGUGGGAUCCAGGCAGCCUCUCAGUCUCCAGCCUUGGACCAGAUGUUCCUAGAGUGCUCCAAUCUGUGGUCCAGACUCUACCAUGCUUCCCUGCCCCCAGAACAUGCCAACCAUGUUAGUGGAAUUAAAUAGACAGCUUUGAACUGUGGAGGAUGGGAGGCUAACCCAUGCCAUUGAACCCGUCUGGAGUAGCUGUGCUCUGUUCACGACGGAGGGAAGGAUCUGGUUUUUAUUUUUUUAAACAAAACUACAAGUUACAAAUUUCAACAUUACAACCACAACAAUCUCUUCAUUCAAUCAAAACAUAAAGGGCAGGGAGUGUUAUGGGAGUUAUGGGUAGCAGAUGGAUUGAUGGGAGAAACCACUCAGGGGGAACCUGCAGGAUGUCAUGUGUGAAACCAUUAGAAUAAUCUGGGCACAGAAUGUCAUGGCUAAUGCAAUCCUAACCAAAUAGUGCAGUUUCACUGUCAGACUGUAGAGAGCUCUCAAACCCAGCAUUACAGCUAGGCUGUUACAAAACCUAAAGGCUGGAUAAUCAAAUAUGUGAUGUGAUCGUAUGUUGACUGUGCUCUCCUGUUCUUUCAGCUCAGGGAUGUGUGUGUGUAAGACGGGAGUGUACGGGCCCAAGUGUGACGAGUGCCACCCAGGCUUCUUCCGUUUCAGCAGCACUGGGUGCCAACCCUGCCAGUGCAACAGCCUUAGUAACUACUGCCACCCGCAAUCUGGUGAGUCAUCCACUACACCACACCUUCUAUCUACAAACCACAACCAUAACAAUCACAUUUUCUUCUCCCUGCUACACAAUAAUCCUGUUUGUUUGUGUGUGUGUCCGUUCCCCCAUCCUGGGUAUUGUUGUAUGAGUGGACACUUAUUGAGAGGUUUGGAGGGGUCAAGGUGGAUGGGAUUGUAGAACCCAUCUGUCUGCCAUUGUGAUGCAGAAGAAUGAUAAAUAAUGUGGUUGUACUUCCUUGCUCAGGUCUGACAUCAUCGACAAUGACCCUCUGUCAGCCAGGGAGCGUUACAUAAGAAACAUGAGGGUAUGCAAAACACACUAGACUGUCUCUUCCAGAUUAACAUGAGAGUGACCUGUUCCAUUUCAAUCUGAAUACUGGAAAAUCAAGCUGAUUUGUUCCUACCUCUAUAGGGUCAUUGUUUUUAGAUAAGAGUGAUAGAGGUGUCCUCUAUCGAGAAGGACAGAGAAAACAAGUGUUUACUGUAUUCCUUCAUUUAGAGAACAUCUGCAAUGCCCCAAUAUACAGAAUAAUUUCAUAUCCCAUAGAGAAGUAUUGGUUCCUAUUCCACAAAAACCCCUCAACUCCAUUACUAUGUAACAGGCAACUAAACAGUCUGGGGCUCAAAUUCAAAUCGGCAGGAUAGUAGUAUUUGCUGGAUUAACGGUUUCUAUACUAUACAAACAAAAGCACCAAUGUUCAGGUGUGGUCAAUAAAUAGCAUAUAUCAUAGUCCCUACAUUGAAGAAACAGACCCCUGUUUUCAAAAUAUGUUAGCAUAGGAAAUGGUCAUUAACUUUUAACCAUAACUUCCCCUCCUUUUCCACAGGCAUCUGUCUGAACUGCCAGGGCAACACUCAAGGACCCAACAGUGCGGAAUGCAAGCCCAGAUUCUACUGCAGCUCUGGUGCUGCCACUACCGAUGCCUGUGUCCCCUGCCCCUGCUCCAACACCACCUCCACUGGCACCUGUCACACUGGUGAGUAGCCACUAUCCCCUGCCUCAGUAGUGCCCUUCUUAGGUCACAUAUUAGUACUCUUGCCAGUCUGGUUGCUAGGCUGGUGUACCUGUCAACAUGUCUUGGUGUGCUCUGCCUGGGCAAGAGGGAGUAACCACAGAAGGGAUUGACCCAGAAUUCUGGGGGGGCCUAAACAGAAUUACAUAUACACUGAGUGUACAAAACAUUAGGAACACCUUAAUAUUGAGUUGCACACCCUUUUGGCCUCAAUUCGUCGGGGUAUGGACUCUACAAGGUGUUCAAAUCAUUCCACAGGGAUGCUGGCCCAUGUUGACUCAGGUUGGCUGGAUGUCUUUUCUUGAUACAAACGGGAAACUGUUGAGCGUGAAAAACCCAGAAGCGUUGCAGUUUUUUACACACUCAAACCGGAGCGCUUGGCAUCUACUACCGUACCCUGUUCAAAGACAAUAUUUUGUCUUGCCCAUUCACCCUCUGAAUGGCACACAUACACAAUCCAUGUCUCAAUUGUCUCAAGACUUAAAAAUCCUUCUUUAACCUGUCUCCUCCUCUUCAUCUACACUGAUUUGAAGUGGAUUUAACAGGGAUCAUAGCUUUCACCUGGAUUCACCUGGUCAGUCUGUCAUGGAAAGAGCAGGUUUUCCUAAUGUUUUGUACACCCAAUGUAGAAUCACUUAGUCUAAUACAAUCUCUGUGGGCCUAAUAGUGAAGAUUUGUCGUUUAACUUUCAAAAUGUAUUACAUUAACAUGAUGUUUUAAUCUGAUUGUCCACCACUACAAAAUGCUCUUGUAAACCUGGCUACCUGCGCACGUUCGUCCGCUCUAAAAUAAUCCCUGCAUCCAUAGGCUUCAGUGCACUGUGCACACGCCAUUUGAGGAAUGGAAAAAGACAUCUGUAACAAAACACCAAAACAUUUGCUGAUUUUCAUUCAUUAGGCCUACACUUGUAACCUGAAUUGAUGCAUCCACUGUCCGCGUGCGUCUCGGCCACUCAUCUCUGCCUAAUGUCGAACCAUACCACAUUUUGGAACAUAUUCCACACGUUUUCAAGUCCAUUCGUACAUUUUUCAUGCGGGUGACAUGAGGAAAUUAUAAAUAAUAGUGUAAUAGCCUAAGGUUUUUGUUUUGGAUUAUUAUGAUAGGUUAAUAUUCAACCGGUACAGCGUACCCCCACUAUUGUGAACUCUCCAACAGCAAAACACCAUCAACAGUCACUGCCAGGGAUGAAUGCUCUGGUCCCCAUUACUAUAACCCCAUUCGCAAGGAUACUGUUUGUCUUUCACAGAUAAUUGCAAUUUACUUGUGAUGGUUUGCCAAAGCAUCGAUAUCUGGACCCUCUGGUUGACAAUGUUUAAUCCCACCUAUCUGUCUUCUCCCUGCUGGUGUUGGUAUGUUAGGGCCUAACAGUUAGGCUUCUUCACAGUGGAUGGGUCUCUUCACAUCAGCAAAAUCACAAAUGUCUCAUGUAGACAUGUAUUCGAUAUUAUGUUUUAACCAAGCAAGCCAGCAUUGGUUUGUACCCAUCAUAACCUGGUAACUCAGCAGAUGAGGCCUGAGCCUUGGAGCCACAGACAUACGUAGAGUCCCUGUCUGUCUAUCUGUCACCGUCUUUCACCUCUCACAGUCCUCCCCACCUCUGAUCUGACCAAUCAGCCGCAGCCAUGUGACUGCUGACAGCCUCCCAUUGGGUCCUAGCAGCCUGGCAACAGCCAUGUGGAGAGGGUUCUGAGGCCUGUCAGGUUGUGUUUGCCCAGCCAGGGUCGAGUGCCGAAGGGGCUGAGCUGAACAGCUAUGUCACUGGACAGGGAGGGGAAGGGGGACACACACACCAGGCCGAGGUUGAGCUGAACAUAGAGCACAGCCGGGCCACUUCACAGCAAGCUAGUCAGGCAGUAGAACAGAGGGGGGAUGGCACCACACCACGGCUCCUGGAAUUAACAAGGCAGCAGUAGGGUGAUAAUGUGGUGUAUGAGUAAUCAACAAAAGCCUCAGUUAGAGGUUGCCCUGGCAACAGUGACAAAUCCACAAUGCAGUAUCGAUAGAGAGAUGGGUCACUCAUAUUAAAUGAUCUGUGUGUAGCCUCUCUUUUCUCAAAGGUAAACGAUGGCCUGACUCAUUCAUCCUAAGGCUAAUAAAACAUUGACUUACACUACCAGUCAAAAGUUUGGACACACCUACUCAUUCAAGGGUUUUUCUUUAUUUGUACUAUUUUUUACAUUGUAGAAUAAUAGUGAAGACAUCAAAACUAUGAAAUAACACAGAUGGAAUCAUGUAGUAACCAAAAAAGUGUUAAACAAAUCAAAAUAUAUGUUAUAUUUGAGAUUCUUCAAAUAGCCACCCUUUGCCUUGAUGACAGCUUUGCGCACUCUUGGCAUUCUCUCAACCAGCUUGACCUGGAAUGCUUAUCCAACAGUCUUGAAGUAGUUCCCACAUAUGCUGAGCACUUGUUGGCUGCUUUUCCUUCACUAUGCCGUCCGACUCAUCCCAAACCAUCUCAAUUGGGUUGAGGUCGGGGGAUUGUGGAGGCCAGGGGCCUCAUGUACAAAGACUUGCGUUGAAUUCACACUAAAACAUUGCGUACGGACAAAGCCAUAAAUGUGCGUACGCACCAAAAAAAUCUGAUGUAUGAAUCUCUGCGUACGCAGCAUUCCACAUACAUUCUCUUUGUACAUCCCAAUCAACGCGAAAUUGAGCGCACAUGCACGAGCACCACACCACACCCUGUCUCCUCCCUCAAUUAAAUCAAUUUAAAUAUGGUAAUUAGUCCAAUUUGGCAAAAGAAACCUGCAAGAACAUGGCUAAAGCAAGCAAGAAACGAAAUUUCACUGAAAACGAAUUAGAGGUGCUACUAUCAGAGGUAGAAACAAGAAAAAAUAUUUUAUUUGGAAAUCUGUCCUCUGGAAUUAAUAACAAAAGAAAGAAAAAAGAGUGGGCGAGUUUGUCUGAUGCCGUCAACGCGGUGGGAUCUGAGAGUCGCACCGUAAAUGAACUGAAGAAGAAAUGGUCAGACAUAAAGGUGGAAGUUAAGCGGAGAACUGCUGCGCACCGACAAAGUGUGGGCAGAACAGGCGGUGGUACAGGGACCGAUGAACUUGCACCCUUUGAUCAGAGAGUUGCCUCUAUUGUAGGAGACACGUUAAUCUCUGGAAUCGUAUCCGCUGAUGUAGGAGACUCGGAUAUACUACAGGACUGCCAGCAAGGUGACUCAGAUUUAUUUCCUUAACUUUGAUAUACAUAGCCAGCCACCGUUUAAUUUUAAAAUGCAUGCAAUAUAGCAAAAGGUACACCAGAGAUUUCACGUAUCCACUGCUUUUAUUGCAAAUGCGUGUACCCAUUAAUAAGGAACAGACUCAAAUUACUGUUAAGAUGUGCCUGUGUUUAAUUGGACUUAGGAACCGCAGGAACGUCCACUGGCACGCACUCAGAGUCCGCACCACCUGAGCAGCCAGAGCCCAUUCAGUCCAGCGUCUCCCGUGUCUCUAAUGUUCCCCCCAGUGCUGAAGCCCAUCCAUCUGGCCGUGUCUUGACGCAUGCUGUUCUGGAGUCACAACAACAAAUUGUUAGGGCCAUUGAAGAAAUGAACAGUCACCUUAAAAAUGUCACUGACGCACUCACAGAAAUAAGCCAUUCAUUAAAAGAAUUGGUCAAAAAAUGAACUUUGUGUCUGAGUACCAUUUAUAUUGUCGCAAUUACACGUUGACGGGCCUGAAUGGCUUGUUGAUUGUGCUGCACAUAUACUGGUCCUGGGUCAGGGUCAUCUGGCGGUGCCCCCACCUCACCAAGGGGUAUGCCAUGCCUGUGCGCGACAUUGUGCAGCACUCCACAGGCCAGUAUGAUGCGGCAAACCUUGUCAGGGCGGUAUAACAGCAUCCCCCCGGUCCUGUCAAGGCAGCGCCACCGACAUUUCAGCUGCCCAAUCGCCCGCUCCACAACUGACCGAGUGCGGGAAUGGGCAUCAUUGUAUCUGCGCUCUCGGUCAGUUUGUGGGUUGGUGAAGGGGGUUAACAGCCACGUCUUUAGUGGAUAACCACUGUCUCCUGAUGGGCAGUAAUAAUAAUUAAAAAAAUGUCUUCUAAUAAAGCCAAAGCUGCCAUUGCUAGACGGGUUGUAUCAAUUUUCACAUCCUUUAUAUAUGUUCUUACUUAAUUGCAUAAUUAAUAGAAUAUUCUAAUAAGACUCGUGUGACAAUAAUAUGGCAAAUCAUUUAUCAAUUACAAAUUAUAAGCAAUAUCUGGCAGGUGCGAUAGAACAGUUCGUAGUGUAAUGUUUGCCACUUCACUUUAUUGCCUCUAUGAGUCGCCAACGGACAAACAUCACAAAAAUGUACAUACGCCAGGCCUGAAGUUUACGUGGAAGAACGCACAUUCUUACGUUAAUUUCACUGUUAGUACAUCUGACCGUGAACGUGAAAGCUGGCGUACGCCGUGUUUUCGUGCGUACGCAAGAUUGAUACAUGAGGCCCCAGGUCAUCUGAUGCAGCACUCCAUCACUCUUCCUUCUUGGAGAGUGAUUCUUCAAAUAGCCACCCUUUGCCUUGAUGACAGUUUUGCACACUCUUGGCAUUCUCUCAACCAGCUUCAUGAGGUAGUCACCUGGAAUGCAUUUAAAUUAACAGGUGUGCCUUCUUAAAAGUUAAUUUGUGGAAUUUCUUUCCUUCUUAAUGAGUUUGAGCCAAUCAGUUGUGUUUUGACAAGGUGGGGGGUAUACAGAAGAUAGCCCUAUUUGGUAAAAGACCAAGUCCAUAUUAUGGAAAGAACAGCUUAAAUAUGCAAAGAGAAACAACAGUCCAUCAUUACUUUAAGGUCAGUCAAUACGGAAAAUGUCAAGAACUUUGAAAGUUUCUUCAAGUGCAGUCGCAAAAACCAUCAAGCACUAUGAUGAAACCGCCACAGGAAUGGGAGACCCAGAGUUACCUCUACUGCAGAGGAUAAGUUAAUUAGAUGCUUCACAGAGUUCAAGUAACGGACACAUCUCAACAUCAACUGUUCAGAGGAGACUGUGAAUCAGGCCUUCAUGGUCGAAUUGCUGCAAAAUAACCACUACUAAAGGAUACCAAUAAUAAGAAGAGACUUGCUUGGGCCAAGAAACACAAGCAAUGGACAUUAGACCGGUGGAAAUGUGUCCUUUGGUCUGGAGUCCAAAUUGGAGAUUUUUGGUUCCAACCGCCGUGUCUUUGUGAGACGCGGUGUGGGUGAACGGAUGAUCUCCGCAUGUGUAGUUCCCACCGUAAAGCAUGGAGGAGGAGGUGUUAUGGUGUGGGGGUGCUUUGCUGGUGACACUGUCUGUGAUUUAUUUAGAAUUCAAGGCACACUUAACCAGCAUGGCUACCACAACAUUCUGCAGCGAUCCCAUCUGGUUUGGGCUUAGUGGGACUAUCAUUCGUUUUUUAACAGGACAAUGACCCAACACACCUCCAGGCUGUGUAAGGGCUAUUUGACCAAGAAGGAGAGUGAUGGAGUGCUGCAUCAGAUGACCUGGCCUCCACAAUCCCCCAACCUCAUCCCAAUUGAGAUGGUUUGGGAUGAGUCGGACGGCAGCGUGAAGGAAAAGCAGCCAACAAGUGCUCAGCAUAUGUGGGAACUCCUUCAAGACUGUUGGAAAAGCAUUCCAGGUGAAGCUGGUUGAGAGAAUGCCAAGAGUGUGAAAAGCUGUCAUCAAGGCAAAGGGUGCCUAUUUGAAGAAUCUCAAAUAAAAUAUGACAUACAGUGGGGAAAAAAAGUAUUUAGUCAGCCACCAAUUGUGCAAGUUCUCCCACUUAAAAAGAUGAGAGAGGCCUGUAAUUUUCAUCAUAGGUACACGUCAACUAUGACAGACAAAUUGAGAAAAAAAAUUCCAGAAAAUCACAUUGUACGAUUUUUAAUGAAUUUAUUUGCAAAUUAUGGUGGAAAAUAAGUAUUUGGUCACCUACAAACAAGCAAGAUUUCUGGCUCUCACAGACCUGUAACUUCUUCUUUAAGAGGCUCCUCUGUCCUCCACUCGUUACCUGUAUUAAUGGCACCUGUUUGAACUUGUUAUCAGUAUAAAAGACACCUGUCCACAACCUCAAACAGUCACACUCCAAACUCCACUAUGGCCAAGACCAAAGAGCUGUCAAAGGACACCAGAAACAAAAUUGUAGACCUGCACCAGGCUGGGAAGACUGAAUCUGCAAUAGGUAAGCAGCUUGGUUUGAAGAAAUCAACUGUGUGAGCAAUUAUUAGGAAAUGGAAGACAUACAAGAACACUGAUAAUCUCCCUCGAUCUGGGGCUCCACGCAAGAUCUCACCCCGUGGGGUCAAAAUGAUCACAAGAACGGUGAGCAAAAAUCCCAGAACCACACGGGGGUCCUACUGAAUGACCUGCAGAGAGCUGGGACCAAAGUAACAAAGCCUACCAUCAGUAACACACUACGCCGCCAGGGACUCAAAUCAUGCAGUGCCAGACGUGUCCCCCUGCUUAUGUCCAGGCCCGUCUGAAGUUUGCUAGAGUGCAUUUGGAUGAUCCAGAAAAGGAUUGGGAGAAUGUCAUAUGGUCAGAUGAAACCAAAAUAGAACUUUUUUGUAAAAACUCAACUCGUCGUGUUUGGAGGACAAAGAAUGCUGAGUUGCAUCCAAAGAACACCAUACCUACUGUGAAGCAUGGUGGUGGAAACAUCAUGCUUUGGGGCUGUUUUUCUGCAAAGGGACCAGGACGACUGAUCCGUGUAAAGGAAAGAAUGAAUGGGGCCAUGUAUCGUGAGAUUUUGAGUGAAAACCUCCUUCCAUCAGCAAGGGCAUUGAAGAUGAAACGUGGCUGGGUCUUUCAGCAUGACAAUGAUCCGAAACACACCGCCCGGGCAACGAAGGAGUGGCUUCGUAAGAAGCAUUUCAAGGUCCUGGAGUGGCCUAGCCAGUCCCCAGAUCUCAACCCCAUUGAAAAUCUUUGGAGGGAGUUGAAAGUCCGUGUUGCCCAGCGACAGCCCCAAAACAUCACUGCUCUAGAGGAGAUCUGCAUGAAGGAAUGGGCCAAAAUACCAGCAACAGUGUGUGAAAACCUUGUGAAGACUUACAGAAAACGUUUGACCUGUGUCACUGCCAACAAAGGGUAUAUAACAAAGUAUUGAGAAACUUUUGUUAUUGACCAAAUACUUAUUUUCCACCAUAAUUUGCAAAUAAAUUCAUAAAAAAUCCUACAAUGUGAUUUUCUGGAAUUUUUUUCCUCAUUUUGUCUGUCAUAUUUGACGUGUACCUAUGAUGAAAAUUACAGGCCUCUCUCAUCUUUUUAAGUGGGAGAACAUGCACAAUUGGUGGCUGACUAAAUACUUUUUUCCCCCACUGUAUAUUUGAUUUGUGUAACACUUUUUUGGUUACUACAUGAUUCCAUAGGUGUUAUUUCAUAGUUUUGAUGUCUUCACUAUUAUUCUACAAUGUAGAAAAUAGUAAAAAUGAAGAAAAACCCUUGAAUGAGUAGGUGUGUCCAAACUUUUGACUGGUACUGUAUAUUUGUGUGUGCAUGAAAAGGAAGUGCAGGCCUGUCAGUGGCUGAGCUGGCUGUAUAGCAGUAGCGAGGGAGGAUGGUAUUGGAUAAAUAUCCAGGUCAGGUUGUUGAGUCAGUAUCCAUAUGUGAAGGUCCUUUGCCCCCAGCCGUCACCGUGCUGACUGGGUCAUGUUCUCUCCUGGUGACAUAACAUGUUUCACUCUGACUGCAGUGUUUCCACUGACAACGGCCCAGGGUUAAACCCGACCAAUCAGACACUGCCUAUAGAUAAGAGGUGUUAUCACUCCUAGACUUCAUUGGUCUAGCGCUCAUCUAGGAUUUUAAUUGUCGCUUUAAAAGUGUGUCUGUUGUGGGCACAAUUAUUGGUCCAUAAGUCGGAAAGAUCUUGAGCAGACUUAAGCCUGCAGCACACAUUUAGGGUACCAUUGAGUAUGUGGCUAUUUUCUCUAUUACGUUGCUUAGUAGGAGAGGAUCAACACUUACGCUAAUGACAUGUAGCAAGCUUGAUUACUGUGCUCAAUAAUAUUUGGUGUCAGACCUCCUGGUACUUAAUGGAUGUGCUUACAGCAGAAGGGGAUAUAUAACAGUUAGUGAUGCCAUUAGGAGAGAAGGAAGGCCACUGUAUAGUAGCAUCAUAUUACUAAGGACCAGAGGCUGGAGGAGAAAGCUGACCCUGGAGGAGACUGACAUCUCAUGAUAAUGAGGAGUGAUGAUGAUGCUCUGAUACAAGGGAUCAGUCUUUAGAAACGAUUAAAGUGAAUUUGAUUCCGGCCCGUAAAGACGCGUGUUUGUGGAACAGUCUUUUUUCCACACUUAAGCCAUAUCUUUCUCUGAUUACAUCGGUGGUCGUGUGUGGCUCAGAGCAUGGUGCUUGCAACGGCAAGUGUUGUGGGUUCAAUUCCCACUGGAGCCACCCAUACAAAAACUCUUUGUAUAGGUGUCUGCUAAAUGGCAUAUAUUAUUAUUAUCGUUGAAUCUUUUCUCUGAAACUUUUGGGGUAGGUUAAAAAUGCGUCUGAGCAACAGAAAACAUUUGUAUUAUUAGCUAGGGUACUCUUAUAUAGCCCACGUGUAGCCCUUAAGUAGCCUAUAGUAGACUAGAGACACUGCCAUAGGGCUUACCUUUUGCGUUGUACAGUAUUACAAACCAAUCUGUCUUUGGCAUUCUGGUGCCACCUAGUGGUAGUACAUCAGCCAAGUCUCUUAUGAUUUAUGAUUGACAUAUAUUUGUGUGUGUUUUUGUUUACCUAGACUCUGAUGGGUUCCCAGUGUGUGACCAGUGCCUGUCUGAAUACAGCGGUCAGCAGUGUAACCGGUGCAAGGCUGGCUUCUACAGUGCCAACAGUGGGUGUGUCCCCUGCGACUGCAGUGGGAACGCAGACCCUAUGGGCCCGGCCCAGCUCUGCCACCCUGACACUGGCCACUGCCUGAGCUGCACCAACAACACCACGGGGCCUCAAUGCCAGCUUUGUGCCGCCGGCUUCACAGGGGACGCCCGCGCCCACAACUGCACCCGCCCAGGUAAGUGUCAUCCAAUAAUUUGGUGCAGAGGAGUAUUAGUAGUUGUGAAGCUAUUGCAUGAGCCAUGAGUAGCUCAAUUCAUGCCCAUUCACAUUGUAAAUAAUUUGUUUUUUAGCAUCACGGAUAAUUCCUACGCCAGAGCCUGUGACAACAACCGAGGCCCCUAAAACCAACACCACCACCCCUGCUCCAACCCCCAGCAGCAAGGGCCUGACCUCCACGGUGCCCACCAGUUUUCCCCCCUCCACCACCAACUCCAGCACCCUGCUGAGCGUAGCAACCACCCAGGCCCUGCUCACCAGCCUGGGCAGCCCCUCAGACAACACCACAGCCGCCCUCACAGAGGUCUCCUGGACCCAGUUCAACAUCAUCGUCCUGGCCGUCAUCAUCCUUGUGGUGGUGGUGCUUCUGGGCUUUGUGGGAGGGGUGUACACCUACCGAGAGUACCAGAACCGCAAGCUCAACGCUCCCUUCUGGACCAUCGAGCUGAAGGAGGACAACAUCAGCUGCAGCAGUUACCAUGACAGCAUUCCCAACGCUGACGUAUCGGGCUUGCUGGAGGACGAGGCCAACGAGGUGGCACCCAACGGCCAGCUGGCUCUCACCACCCAGGGCAACUGCUACAAGGCCUAGCCCACAGGGCAGACAGACUGCACACUGCGUACAGACUGGACACACUGAGAGGCUUCCGGCCUGGCUGCCUGCCUCACAGGACAGAGACAUGAAAUGGAUAAAGACUUUCAAAGCUGCCGGACACCAAACCCAAAGCCAAUGUGUAACUCGAGAUUCUGCAUAAGGCCAUUUGAACCAACAGACUGACAGAGGAAAAAGGGAUGGUAUGUUUCUGUUGGUUUUGUCCUGGCAAAAGAUUACAAGAUUAUUUUACGUUUUGGGCUCCAUUUCAGAUUUAAGUGAUUCAUGUAAAAGAAGAAGUCAAUGAAGGGUCCAAAGAAGAGUAGACUGUUUUACUUCAGUUGUGCCUGCAGAGGGCACUGUUAAAGACGUGGAUGGUUGUGGUAAUGGGGUGUUUGCCCAUGCAAGAGUAGAGGACCAUGUCUCUGUUGUAUGGACACUGUUCCUUAUGCAGCUCAAUGGACAUCAGACCACUCAUCAGGAGACCGAGCAUUUCAGAACCUUUUAAAACAGACUAAUAGUUUAAGUUAUAACUUGAACAGAGAUCUGGUCCAGACAAUGAUUGUUAUUUAAUUAAUUGUAUUUAUUGUUUCAAGUUUUGUUCUUGGGAUAAAUGUUCCACGUGUAAGAUGGUACAUGGUAGGUGGAACAUGUUAUUUUAACUUGUGUGCUAUAUUAAGAAGUGCAAAAUGAUUUCAUGUAUAUGUAUUUUUUGUUAGUUAUUGGGAAAAGUGACGGCUGCUGGCUUAAUGACCUCGUCUUUUGUUUUCGGUUGUAUCCUGGAUGAAGAAUUGCCAGGUCCUAACCUUGAGUAUUAACAAGGAGUGUUUAGAUGAUAAAACAAGCAUACCUUGUAUCCUCUCUCUACUCAGUACUGUGCAGGGCAGUCUGUCCCAUUGCUUGUUAUGAUCAUCACUUUGAGCUUUUUACUGAUGGUGUGCUAAUCUGCUGGUUUGAGAAAUGUCUACCUCAACAGAAGUUGUUGAACAUGUUCUUGCUCAAAAAGUAGUCCUAGUCUAUUUAAGCAGGUUUCAUUAAGUAAUCCACUUCUAGGACAAAAUUAUGCCAGCCUCAAUUUCUUAUGUAGUCUUAUCAGUACAAAAUAGACUGAUCUUGGUAAUGUAUUGCUGGCAGCAUCACUAUUAAUCCUGCUCGUGCUUUUAUGUUGUUUAUAAACUACAAUGAUAUCUAGGAUUUGUUUCUGUAAAAAGUAUAAUUAAUGGGUUAAGUUAUUAAGGGAACUCACUCCUCAGGUACUGCCUCUUUCCCCAGUGUGAUCACUGUAAAUAAGAGUAGGACAUUGUACAGAUGAAUGUGAAUAGGAUCAUUAUUAUUGUACAGGUAGAGUGCACUCAGAACAGUCGGUACCCGUACACUAAAAGGCUCCAAUAUGGUCUGGGCACAGUCCACACAGGAAAUGAAUUAUAAAUAGACCUACCCUCUGUAUUGUCUUGCAGGAUACAUGUCAUCAUCCCUAACUACUGUUUUCAGUUGAAUUAUUCAUGGCAAUUGUGUAAAUACCACAAACUGAAAAUGUCACACACAAUGCUAAAUAAAAGAGGGUUUCUUGGUU